ACGCAGCUGCGCGCCUGGCUCGAGGCGCUCACGGCCGUCGUCUCGCGGCUCGACCAGUCGCACACGCCGCUCGUCGAGACCAUCCUCGCCGUGCCGUGGGCCGUCACCGAGGAGACGUUCGUGUCGGCGUACAUGCGCUUCGUCGGCGCCCUCAUCAGCGCGAGGACCGAGUGGCUCAAGGUCGUCCUCGAGCGUUGCGCGUCGCCGCACGCCCUCCCGCACCUCACCCGGCGCCUCGUCUACGCCCGCAUCCACAGCCUCCUCCGCCUCCUCCUCUCCCUCGUUCCGACCCUGUCGCCCUCGCUCUCGCCCCUCCUCGCCCUCCACUUUCCCUCGAAGCGCGACAUCCGCGCGGCCCAGAUCUGCUACAUCGACAACCUCCUCCUCCUCACCGAGUACUGCACGGCCCUGUCCGAGGACGUCCUGACGCUCAUCGUCGAGCGGGCGCUCAACAUCGACGUCGAGAUCCAGGGAGAGCCCGAGGACUGGGAGGAGAUGGAGGAGGAGAUGUUGGCGGCGGCCGAGGCUGAAGGGCCCGACGGCAAGAAGCGCGCCGCCGACACGGCCGUCGUCCUCGACCACCUCGCGUCGGCCCACGCCGACAGCCACAGCCUCGCGCGCAACAACACGUCGACGGUCCAGGCGCCGCCCAUCGCCUCGACGAGCGACGUGUUCGACGAGGCGUUCGCGCACACGGCCGACCAGCCGUCCGGCUCGCGCGAGGUGACGCCAACCGCCGACGCGCCGCUCCCGGCCGACAUCGUCGAGCGUCGCCUCACCCUGUUCCGCACCCUGCUCGACAUCUUCGACCGCACCCUCCUGCGCACCUUCAAGACCCGCAACGUCCAGUUCCUCCUCUUCUACCUGUGCUCGCUCGACGUGGCGUCGUCGGACCACUUUAUCGGCGUCCUCCUCGGCCGUGCCCUGUUCGACCAGGAGGCGCCCUCGGUCACUCGCGUCGCGGCAUCGGGCUACGUCGCGAGCUUCAUCGCCCGAGCGCAAUACGUCGACGCGGGCAUGACGCGCAAGGUCAUGCGGCACCUGUGCUCGUACCUCGAGGGCCACAUGGACGAGUUUGCGCGCGCCGCCGCCGUCGCGACGUCGAUCAAGGGCGCCGGCCCCGCAACCAUGGGCGGUCAAGAGCUGCCCGUCUUCUACGCCGUCGCGCAAGCCGCGUUCUACAUCUUCUGCUUCCGGUGGAGGGACCUCCUCGAGGAGGAGGACGAACUCGACGACGAGGCGGCGCUGUUCGGCCUCGACGCCGGGCGCAAGUGGAUGAUGGGCCUCGAGUCGCUCAAGAAGGCCGUCAGCUCGAGCUUCAACCCGCUCAAGGUCUGCGCCCAACCCGUCGUCAACCAGUUCGCCCAGAUCGCCCACAAGACGGGCUUCAUGUACUGCUACAACAUCAUCGACUCGAACCGCCGCGCGAGCUCGUACCGGGACCCGAACGCGCCGCCCGCCUCGGCGAUGGACUCGUUCUUCCCGUUCGAUCCCUUCAAGCUCCCCCUCUCGUCCGUCUACAUCGACCGCAUCUAUCGCGAGUGGGAGGGCGCCGACGACGAGGAGAGCACGACCUCGGGCGACAACUCGUCGUCG